AUUUUUACGAAUGUCUUCUUAGUAAUAACAAACUAAAUUGCACAAAUUACAAAACUUUUAUCAUCAAUUUGAAAAGGGUGAAAUCACUGGAACAUAAUUGAAAUCUCAAUUACAAACUAAUUUAAAAAUUAGAUGGAAUCCCAAUUUAGAAAAUAUUAUUCAUUAAGUAGACCCAUCAUAUACAGAUUUUGUUAGAUCAAUCAAUAAAACGAAUUAAUAUGUACCCAAAUAAACAGAACCAAAAUUGAUGGAAUAAAUUAACUAUCCUAAAAAAAUAAGAACAGAACAUAUGUAUUUUAUUUAUAAAUAAUUAAAAUAGAGGUCAUACAGAUUUGCUAAAAUGGAACUGA